ACGCGGGGCUCGAACCCACGAACCGUGGGAUCGUCACCUGAGCCGAAGUCGGUCGUUCAACCGACUGAGCCACCCAGGCGCCCCUCGUUUAUCUCAUUUGUAAUCCGUGCCAAGAUGCCCUCCUUCCUCGGUCUAAAGUGUCUGGGGAAACUGUGCAGCUCUGAGAAGAGCGGCCUGUCCUCCUCCAAGAGAGCCAGCACCACGGGCUCGUGCAGAAGGACGCGGGUUGUCGAGGAUGUGCGUGUCACCAGCACCCCCCAGCCUGCGCACAGGCGUGCCACCAUCACUCACUUGUUGUACCUGCACCCCGAGGCCUACUGCACGCUGGAGCACUUGAUUAGCAACUUGGAUCCUUCCGUGGCGCACCCUCAGGACCCUCACCACCCAUCGGAGAAGCCUGUCAUUCACUGCCAUAAAUGUGGGGAGCCAUGCAAGGGUGAAGUGCUUCGGGUCCAGACCAAACAUUUCCACAUAAAAUGUUUCACCUGCAAAGUGUGCGGCUGUGACCUGGCACAAGGGGGCUUCUUCAUAAAGAACGGCGAGUAUCUCUGCACCCUGGACUACCAGAGGAUGUAUGGGACACGCUGCCAUGGCUGUGGGGAGUUCGUGGAAGGAGAGGUGGUCACUGCCCUGGGCAAGACCUAUCAUCCCAACUGCUUUGCGUGUACUAUCUGCAAGCGCCCGUUUCCACCCGGAGACCGAGUCACGUUCAAUGGGAGAGACUGCCUUUGUCAACUGUGUGCGCAGCCAAUGUCGUCCAGCCCUAAAGAAGCCUCCUGCCCCAGCAAUUGUGCUGGCUGUGGAAGGGACAUCAAGAACGGGCAGGCGCUGCUGGCCCUGGAGAAGCAGUGGCACUUGGGGUGCUUUAAGUGCAAGUCCUGUGGGAAGGUUCUCACCGGGGAGUACAUCAGCAAGGACGGCGCGCCCUACUGUGAAAAGGACUACCAGGGGCUCUUUGGGGUGAAAUGUGAAGCCUGUCACCAGUUUAUCACAGGGAAAGUCCUGGAGGCAGGUGACAAACAUUACCACCCCAGCUGUGCACGAUGCAGCAGGUGCAACCAGAUGUUCACAGAAGGAGAGGAAAUGUAUCUUCAAGGUUCCACCGUUUGGCAUCCCGACUGUAAGCAAUCUACCAAGACGGAGGAAAAGCUGCGGCCGCCAAACAUUCAUCGUUCUUCAUCCGAUUUCUUUUAUCCCAAAAGUCUGGUUCGACGCACAGGACGGUCUCCGUGUCUGCAGCUGUUAUCACCACCUUGUCUAGCGAACUGGGACAAAAACCCAAGGCAGCCUACCAGGACUUCCUCUGAAAGCAUUUAUUCUAGACCAGGUUCCAGUAUCCCUGGCUCCCCAGGUCAUACCAUCUAUGCAAAGGUGGACAAUGAAAUCCUGGAUUAUAAGGAUUUAGCAGCCAUUCCCAAGGUCAAGGCAAUAUAUGAUAUCGAACGUCCAGAUCUUAUUACCUAUGAGCCUUUCUACACUUCGGGCUAUGAGGACAAACAGGAGAGGCAGAGCCUGGGAGAGUCUCCAAGGACUUUAUCUCCGACUCCGUCAGCAGAAGGCUACCAGGAUGCUCGGGACCGGGUGAUCCACCGGUCCACCAGCCAGGGCUCCAUCAACUCCCCCGUCUACAGCCGCCAUAGCUACACUCCAACCACGUCUCGCUCUCCCCAGCAUUUUCACAGACCUGAGCUGCUGUCUCCUGGUGUGCGCCUGCGCACCAGCAGCCUCAGCUCCACCCACAGCGACUCCCGCCCCAACUCCCCCUUCCGACACCACUUCAUUCCCCAUAUCAAAGGCAAUGAGCCGUCCAGCGGCCGGAACUCCCCUCUCCCUUCCCGGCCAGACAGCCGCCCUGUCACUCCAACUUACGCUCAGGCCCCUAAACAUUUCCAUGUUCCAGAUCAAGGGAUCAACAUUUACCGAAAACCACCCAUCUACAAACAGCAUGAUGCAGCUGCCUUAGCAGCCCAGAGCAAGUCUUCAGAAGACAUCAUCAAGUUUUCCAAGUUCCCAGCAGCCCAAGCUCCAGAUCCCAGCGAGAUACCAAAGAUUGAGACGGAUCACUGGCCUGGGCCCCCCUCACUUGCCGCCGUAGGAGCCGACAUGAGACGCAGACCUAGUGGCAGAGAGGAAGAUGACGAGGAGCUUCUGAGGCGCCGGCAGCUGCAGGAAGAGCAACUGAUGAAGCUCAACUCAGGCCUGGGGCAGUUGAUACUGAAAGAGGAGAUGGAGAAGGAGAGCCGGGAGAGGUCUUCCUUGUCAGCCAGUCGCUACGAUUCUCCCAUCAAUUCAGCUUCACAUGCUCUAUCAUCUAAAACCUCAUCUCUCCCAGGCUAUGGAAAAAACGGGCUUCACCGGCCUGUUUCCACAGACUUUGCUCAGUACAACAGCUAUGGGGACGUCAGCGGCGGAGUCCGAGACUACCAGACUCUCCCAGAUGGCCACAUGUCCGGGACAAGAAUGGACCGGGGGGUGUCCAUGCCCAACAUGUUGGAACCAAAGAUAUUUCCAUAUGAAAUGCUGAUGGUGACCAACAGAGGGCGCAACAAAAUCCUAAGAGACGUGGACAGAACCAGGCUGGAGCGCCACUUAGCCCCAGAAGUGUUUCGGGAAAUCUUUGGAAUGUCCAUACAGGAAUUUGACAAGUUACCUCUUUGGAGACGCAACGACAUGAAGAAGAAAGCGAGACUCUUCUAGGCCUCCCCCACCCCCUGCCCGCCCCCGCCCCGCGUAGACAGCAGGUAGAAAAAGGACUGACGUGGCGGUGACACAUAAGAUGUUGUGUUAAGGCCCAAACUUGAUUGGAGAACUUUCAAGCUACUGUCCCUCAGCAACGACGAAAGGGGAAACCUGGUGAAAACACCCACGAGCCACACUUCGGACCCACCACCGGCAACACUUGCCAAGAAGCAACAGGAUAGAAAUUUCUGUGUUCCCCACACCCGUGACCUUUUUCCAUCACCUUAUGUACGCAACAGUUCCUAUAACUGUUGUCUCACAAUAGUGCUGACCGUAUGGGUAAGAGCCAGCAAGUGCCCUUAGGACGCCGCAUGGAAAAAAAGCAGCUGUAGUAAUUCCGAGGUAGGAAUAUAUUUAUUAUGUAGCACUGUGGCUAAGAAGGAAGAGCCUGAGGGACAUAUCCAUGCGGGCACACCACCUUGCGCACCCCUGUCCUCACUGGCCUCGCGAAGCCCGACCUGCGCCCCCCAGCAGGAUGGAGAUCAGCGUCGGGGCACCGGGCAAGCUCUGCUCCGAGGGGGCUGAAUAGCCGCCAGAGUCAUUUUUAACACGCUCCUUUUUCUCUACUGUUUGCUAGGACCUGGUUGGCAAAUUACUUCGCUAUUAUUUAAAAACAAAAAAAAAUUUUUUUUAAGAGAAAGAGAGGGAAAUGGAAUGAAAGGAGUAUCUCCCUUCAUUCUUUUCCUGCUUCAGACUGUGUGCUUCAUUCAGCCUCCCCACCACGGACAGCAGCUGUCCCCCGUCCCCACUGCCCAGAAAGGAAAGGGAGAGGUUCUCUCCGGUUGUGUGCUGUUAGAUGACUUUUGCCCAAGGGGGCCGCGGCACUCUUGGCAAAAAGAAAAAAAAACAAAAAAAAAAAAACAACAAAUUAAUGUGUCCCGCCCACGCUAGUCCUUCUUCCACCCAGCAUCCUCUGAAUCCCAUCAAGCCCCCCGGCAUUUUGGGGGGGGGGGGCGGUUUGAGGUCUUUUCAGUAGUCGGCUAAGGAAAGGGCACGCUUUUCUCUCUGCAGUCUCUGCAACUCCAGGGUACAUUGCUUCAGACUGAUUUAAUUUGGCCUUUUCAGCUUUCCUUUGCCUAGCUCUGUUGACUUCAUGGUGUGUGUGUGUGUGUAUGUGUGUGUGUGUGUGUGUGUGCGUGUGCGUGUGCGUACGUGGACGCACCCAGGGUAGUUUGGGGAGUCUGCGUGUACUUUUACAUCUCAUUUCUGCUUGAGCGUUUGUCCGGCCGGGCGGCAGCUUUUCUAAGGAACAUUUGCACACGUGCGCCUGACUCAAAGGGCGAGAGUGAGGCUACACCGCACCCAACAAGGCAUCCUUCGUGGAAGGGUGUUGGUGUCAGAAGCCAGCAUCCUCCGUGAUUGAUGGAGCUCAGGUCAGCAGCACGCCGAGGAGGAAACAGACCUCCGAUCGGGCUGUGUGUGGAGCUCGGAGCAUCGCACCAGAGUUCACCAAUUUGGCAACACGAGAUUUAAAGCGGGGCCUAGGAUUUCACCAAAACGCGCGUGUAAGACCGCAUCACGGUUCCCGGCAGCUUCCGGCCGUGGCUCAAAUGACCUGUGAGUCGGAUGAGGGAGGGUCUCUCCAGCUCCACACACGGGAGGCUUUCACAUGUAUUCGUGUGCACUGGGGGCUCUGCCUAGGAAUUGAAACUCUGUUUUAAAGCCAAAGGAGAAAUCAUGCGAAUUCUCUUCCUAUGCCUCUGAUAAUAAAGGCUCAGAAGUUCUUCCUGCUGGCACCAAGUAUUUGAACUAGUUGCUAACUGACUCCAGUGGUAAAAAGCAAGGAAACUUGUUCCAGGACCUGUACUGCGAACCUCUAACUUGUGACGCACUCCAUCACCCGGGUGCUGUGCUGAGCUCUGGGCCUGCUCAGUAGCACUGUCCUGCACCCUCGCCAAGGGGAUCGAAAGCCGCCUGUCCUUUCAGUGCUAGACACUGAAUGUUUGAGGACUGUUCUCACAAAUAGGAGUGUGUGUGUGUGUGUGUGUGUGUGUGUGUGUGCGCACGCACGCGCAUUGGACCUACUAACGCGUUUUGCAAGUGGCUCUGAUGGAGUGGACGAAAGAAGACCGGCUCCUCCUGGGUCUGAAGCCUCCGGACCGCAGCUCGCAGUUUAGUGCCUCUUGCCUCGUUCAGUAUUUCUGCCGCCCCGACUUCCCUCCGACCUCUCCUGCACCUGCCGCCUGAGGCCCGCGUAUCCUAGUCCUUGCUUUGCCCUGGCCCAGUGGGAGGAGUGGGGACCAGAGGGUAUUCCCAGUAAUCAGUCACAAGCAUGGCCAAAUGGGUGCCCAUGCUAGGCUGGUGGAGAGAAGUUUUUCAUUACGGGGAUAAGAAAGGGCCCUCCAUGUUUUCAUUGGUUAAUGAAUUAUGACCCAUGUGCACAUAGAUCAAAUGUCAGUGGGAGAAGAAUUGCAGUGGUAGUUAAAGAUCCGAACCAAAACCUCCCACCAAUGAAACUCUACUUCUGUUGUAUCUUUUGAAUUCAAUUCUGCAUCCAACUUGGGGAUCGGGGGUGGGAAGCUUCUUUCCGUAUUGAGCGUACUAGCUCAUUUAAACUGCACCAUGCAAAAAUGCAUUACCAGAAAACGUCAGUAGCCUCCCGUCUGCGGGCAGAGCAGCACUGUGCUCUGGGGAGGGGUUGUAGACAACCAUAUCGUGGAGCGGGUUCCCCGACUCCACUCCCGGCAGAAGACUCCAGCUGGAGGGAUGGGCCGUGGGGCAACCUGGUUCUCUUAACUGCCAAAUCUAUUCUAUAGGCUACAAUGGCCUCUCCGUUUUUUUAAAAACCGGGCUCAGCAUGCCUGUCCUCGGCACGUCCGGGCCACCGUGCAGGACAUCCGCGUUCUCUGCUUGAACCCCACUCUGCACUGCACAUAAAAAUUCCACUUGUUAACGCAGCCAAAGGAACAGAGAUUGUUCCCUCUAGGGAAGGACUCCCACAGCUGGCAAACUUUCCUGGCACGUACCCCAAGGGCUCCAUUUUUGAGGGUUGGGCCUACUUGCAAUUCCUUAAGCACACACCGAUUGCAUGAAGCAAAAGAAGCCUCUGGCAACAUGAAAGUCAGUGCUUCCUUUCCGGUUUCUCCCAGGAGAGCCAGGAUACCAUUUAGUCUUCCUGUGUGGUGUAAGAGGAGACGUGAAGAUCAUUUGGGAACUUGUACAGCCCGCUGUGCACCCACAUUUUGGUUUGGGUUAGUUAGGAAAUGUUCUUCAUGUGACUCGUUCAAUAACUAGCAGUAAACUGCCUGUUCUGUGCAACCUCACGCAGAAGAGCCAGAGUUCAUGGGCACUGUGGCCCGCACUCCCCGUGCAGCUCACGUUCUCAGUCUGGUUGUGCCCGUCAACCCUACCUAGAGAAGUCUUGCUGGAAAUGUUUAUAAAACUUUCACCUAAUUUCUUUACACUUGAAAGCAAACACCUUUUUCUAAAGAAUUGCUUCUCAGAUGAUUAUAUCAAAUAUAUACGCUUUUGCAAGUUAAAAAAAAAAAUUCAAAUUCACUACUUUUGACUAGGUAGGUCUUUCUAAAAAUUCUUUCAAAAAGCUUGGUGUUAGCGUCCUGCGCGUCGAAGGGGCAGGUGAGCCCUCUCUCUGUCAGGAAAGAUGGUGGAAGGAAAGGAACUCCGUGUCGUCCCCCCUUCUGUGUCCUCUGAGGCAAGCUCGAUUUUUAGAUCACGUCUUCUGCAUUCCUGGUCACUGUUCAGUCUACACUUCCUCGGCCAGCCUUGACCUUCUUGAUCUUUGAAAUUGUUUUCUUUUGAUAAACCAAGUGUUUGUGAGUAAGCCCCUACAACUCACUCAUUAGUACUCCCUUUUGAAGAAUGUUCUCUUAAAAAAAGAUGAUUUCAGGCUUGAGAUUUACAGUUGACGCCACCUUAGAGUGUAAUGUACAUUAAGGAAACUACCCGACUGUGUCGUAAUGAAAGAAAGCGAAACGUUGACUUUGGCCUUUAAAAAAAAAAAUCGCUUUCCAUGUGUUGCCCAGGAAGCAAUGAGGAGAUGGUGAUGGAUAUGCUUUGCAUGUGGAUUUUUGUGUUUUCAUUUGGGCAAAUGUAACUUAUGGCAAACUCAGAAAGGGGGAGGUGGUCCGUUUAAGCUGAAAGAAACUUUCGAGACAAUGUAUGCAGACACAACAAAAUCGAAUCCAACAUUUUCUGACGCUUGAUGUAAUCGACUGGCAAUUGUUAUCAUUAAAUAAAAUUCUUCCCCAAAGUGUCUUUCUCAAGAGUGAAGAUCCCAUGAGUCACUUUUGGAACCUAUUCACCAAAGGUAGCAGGAGACAAUACUAUUUACACCAACAUCCAGAAAGGUGGUGAGCCACUUGAUGAUGGUCUAUGCCCAUGUUUCUUUAUCCUGUGGAAGAGAAAACAGUUGUCCACGCUAUCGAUGUUCCUCUUGGGUUCCGUGUAAAGACCCGUCCGGUAACAAAUGCGUGUGGUUUCUGUGAGUGGCAGACAAAUCUCUUACCAUCCUUUCCUUUUGAGUUUGGUUUAAUGGAGUUUUUUUGUUUUUUGCAAGUGUCAAAAGACGUCCAGUUCUUCCUGCCCUCCCCUUUCAGAAAUAUGAAAGUGAAUAUUUGGAAGAGCUGCUGUUGGAAAGAUGUGUCGUGUCCCCCGUGAAAGUGAGUGGGUGUCCGUCUGUGCCCCGAAUACUACAUACUAGUAUGCAGAGGCAGGGGCGGCCAGCUGGCCCCACGUCGCUGUGCUUUAUGGCCCCGACCUGCCCCACGCUCCUGUCGCAAGCAGCACUUGCCGCUUCCCUGCCCCAUACUCUGUGUCACUGUUGUGCACUCGCCACUCAGUGAAUAAAGUGUGUGCUUUAUUCUGUUCA